ACCACUGUCCUUGAGCUUGAACUCAUACCAUCAUGUCAAAGUACAUUACACAGCUCCGUCUCAACGUGUUGGGUGUCAGCCUUUCCAAGACUAACUGCUAUCGAUAUUAAUGGUCCAGACAAACAAAUACGCCAUGUCGAACAUCGUUGCGCAUGUAUCACGACAUCCGUGGCACUGUACAAAAAAAGACUUUCCGAUACGCUUCGUCAUUAAAUAGUGAUGGUGGCCACUUUGCUUCUCUGCAAUGACCUUCCCUUCUCCGAAGCGAAUUAUCGUGAUUGGCGGUGGCCCUGCCGGGUUAGCUACUCUUCGUAGCCUGACUGAGCGCGGACAGUUCGACAAAGUAGAACUCCUGGAACGACGUGACGAUGUUGGAGGUGUUUGGUACCUUGAUGAUCCUAAGGAAGGUGAUACCAAGCCUCGAUGGCCAUCGCCUUCAUACCCAGGACUUGUCGGUAACGUUUUGCCUGAAUACCUAUCUUUUUCCCAGUUCCCAUUCCCCGAGCCACCAUCUACGCCAGAUCAGCCCUUCCCGACGCUUGUAGAGACCCACGACUACCUCCGGGCGUUUGCUGAUCCGUAUUUAAAGAACGGGGCCAUCCGAUUGAACCAUGAGGUUACUCGUGUCGAAGAACUUCCCGAUGGUGCUGGUUGGAAAGUUGUGUUUAAUGACUGGAACGAUGGGGGCAAGCAGCGGACAGAGAUCUGGGACGCUGUGGUUGUCACCGUUGGGUGGUACGAUAAUCCGGCUUGGCCAAACACGGAGGGGCUUGAAACACUAAAGGAGAAAGGGCUUGCAAUUCAUGCCAAGUGGUACAGAGGGCCUGAGCCUCACGUGGGCAAGCGUGCACUUGUCAUCGGUAAUGCUAAUUCGUCCAACGAUAUGGCUUCACAUCUCGUUCGAGUCGCAAAGGAACCCGUGUAUAGGAGCAUCCGUCGACCAGCUCUUCCGACAUUUCCAAGUCUGCCGGAUCCCCGUAUCAUUGACGUUGCCCCGGUCAUUAAAUAUACGUUGGACGCCUCCACGAACAAGAUAACAGCUACGCUGAGGGAUGGCACCGUUAUCGAAGACAUAGAUGUCGUACUCGUUGGUACAGGUUAUAAGCCAAUACCGUCUUUCGUGCAUGUUCUAGACCCAACGACCAAGCAAGUGACGCCGCUCAUGGCGGAGGAAAUCAAGCCCCAUCGUAUCCCUGGUCUCCACCGCUAUAUUCUCUACGCCCACAACCCAACACUUGCUUUUGUCCUCGCGAUGAUGUGCUACACACCUUUUACCAUCAGUGAUCUCAGCAGUACCUGGCUCGCUCUCGCGUGGGGUGGAGAGAUUGCCUACCCCGAGACCGCGGAAGGUAGACUGGAGUUUGAAAAAGCGAGAUUGGCGUCAAUCGAUAAGGCGCUCGAAGAUCUUACAGACCCUUCGUCCCUACUUUGUUGGGGUAUUUUGGGAACCUUUGAGCAGGAGUUUUGUUCUGGACUCAAGGAGGAUAUACUGAAAGUCAGACCGGAGCUGAAGGACAUUUUACCGGAGUGGAACGAUGAGAGAACGAAGAAGAGGGAGUCGAUGUACCCCUUGAAGUACAAGGCGCUUAAGUUGACUAGAGAUCAAGGACGGAAAAUUAAAUUAGCACAGUACAUAGCACAGUUGAGUAGACAGCAAAUCUGACGCGACAAACGCGGCCUUUUUGCUUCC